AUGGAUGGGGGUGGAUGGGGUCCUGGGCCAGGUGGGGGUGGAGUGGGCCUCAGAGCUCAUUAGCUCCACCAGUCUUGACGGGAGCGUUCAGCUGCAGGAGGGCCAGGAUCUCCGGGUCAAGCUCAAUACGCUAGAGGAGCACAUGGACCUCUUCUCUCUCAACUCGCGAGUAUUUCAAGUGAGUGGAGACCACAGAGAGGAGAUGAGCGGUCCAAAGACUCGCCAGGAGAAGACCAGCUGCAGCCCAAAGACCUGGUCCAGGAUGGUGGGCUGGCAGAUGUGUUUCAAUGUCUCCUACCCGUCACCUGCAACAGGGGCGUGGCUCCCUCCCCCUGGCCCCACCCACAUGUCCAUCAGGCUUCUGAAGCUGGACAGAGGGCUGUACUACUACCUGAUGGAAGCGGCCUACUCCCUUCUCUCUCAGCGGGGGUGGUGGCUCCCCAGGGAGGCCUCACUCCACCUGCUGCUUGCCACGCCCCAGUCCUCUAUCCCCAGGGACAUGUCUCUGGACCUGGUCGUCCAGCCCCAACGCAUGCUGCUCAAGUUCUCCCACCCCCUGAAGACCAUCCACAUGAAGGGGCAACUUGUUCAAGAGAGAAAUACCAGAAAAGCAAAAGUGGAGCUCUCACUAGAUGGUGUUCAUCACUAUUAUUUCAUGGCUUCGGUUGAUUCCAAAACACUGCUGACGGAACGAAGGAGCCGAUAUCACCUGGAGGCCAAGUGGGCACCCAGCACACCUCCUAUGAUCCUCUCUGCCAACGUCACGCGGGGGCUGGAUAGGAAGAUAAGCUUUUCUGCCAUCGGGAAAAAUGUUUUUAGAGAGACCCUAACACUUCAAGGUACUUGAAGACGAUUACAUCUGAAAUACAUCUCUGUUAUGUGUCCAAGGUACUUAAAAAUGAAUAAUUGAAUGCUAAAUCUUUUUAUUUUAAAGUGUAACUGAACCCCCUGUUUCAGCACAAAUUCAAACAAUAUGAGAUGUAAAGAACUUUGUUGUGGGCUGAGACUUAUCCAUUUAUGACACUUUUGUAUUAUGUUAUGUUAUAAUGAGCGGUUUUGCAUAAGUGUCUGAGAAGCUCAACCCUCCCUGGGACGCAGCCAUCAACAUCAAUCACUGCCCAAACAGAGCUCUCCACAUAUGCUCUCUAAACUACUGCCUUACUUUAGUUACAGUGAGAAGAUCGUAUAGAUGACUAUGUUAUAAAAGCAUGCUUAAAACGAACCUGUACUGGUGAAAAACCGUGGUCGGGUUUUUCCUAUAACCCCAAGUUCCAAGGAUUUAAUCAUGUCGCA